AUUUAAUGUAAAAUGAUUCAAAGGAUAAUUACUCCACCAAGGAAAAGCCAGAAGCAGAAUUAGCUGAACUGUUACACACUGUUUUUAGCAAUUGAAAUUGAAUCCUCCUCCGAGCUUACUCCUGCUAUUAAUCAGCGCCAUUGAUGAAGAAUUCAUUCAACAUUAUGCUAGAAGAAGAUUAGGGUUUGUUUGAUCUGAGUGAUAAUUUUGUGCGCGGAGAAAAUGGAAGAGGCGAAAGCGUUGGCUCAACAGCAGCUAAUGAUGCAACAGCAGCAACAACAACAACAACAACAACAACAACAGCACCAACAACAUCAGCAGCUACUCCUAUUGCAGCAGAUGCAACAACAACGUCAGAAGCAGCAACAACAACAGGAAGUCAUGGCUCGUUUCCCUUCUAACAUCGACGUUCAUCUCCGUCCUCAGCAGCUCCUUCACCGUCCCCUCAUUAAUCCCCUCCAAUCCCAAUCCCAAAACCCUAAUCCUAACCCUAACCCUAGCUCUAGCAAUAACCCGUCGAGCCAGAUCCCCAAUCAACAAAACCCUAGCGUUGGCCCGAACUCGGCCCAACAGCUGCAGCAGCAGCAGCAAAAGAUGGCGACCCGGGUUGCCCCGGAAUCGAAUCGGGUGGAGCUCCAGAUGGCUUACCAAGACGCUUGGCGAGUCUGCCAUCCUGACUUUAAACGUCCGUUCACUUCUCUUGAAGACGCUUGCGAAAGGCUUCUACCUUACCAUGUGGUGGCAGACUAUGAAGCAGAGGAGGAUGAUAAGAUCCUUGAUUCAGACACUACAGGCCAAAUGCUUUCUCGCUCACAGCAGUGGGACCACAACAUCGCUGCCAAAGUUGCAGAGUUUACUGCGACAUUUGAGAAACAAGUCCUAGCAUUUAACAUAAUUUCCCGCAAGAGAGAUCUUGGAGAAUUCCGGACAGAGGAGAAGCUCAUGAUAGAGCAGUUACUGUUGCAAGAAGAGAGAAGAGCUCUGCUUGAACUGAAGACAGAGAUGGACGCGAGACAAAAAAUGGGCAGAGAGAUUCAUGAUCCUAAUUUGCAAAUGGCGGCUCUUGUUCAUGCAGAACAAGCUCGCGCGGAAUCACAAGCUCGUGCUGAGAUGAUGAUACGAGCUAGUGCACUUGGGCCUAGGGGGAGCAAUAUUCAAAUGGGUAAUGAUGUGGGUGAGCAUGGACAGGAAGUUAGCCCUGAUGAAAUGAUCAAUGGUUGGGGCAACAAUGGACAUAAAGAUGAAAAAGAACCAUCCGAGGACUUUCUGAAUGAUGAAGAAACUGAUAAUGGAGAUAUGGGCACUCAGAGUGAGUGGCGUGGAGGUGGGGAGUUGGACCUGAACACAAGAUAAAUCUUAAGAGUCAGUGUUUGCAAUUUCCAUGUGAAAAGUGAAUACUUGUAUCAAAGUUUUAGCCCACCAUAUGCUUUGGUGCACUCUGUUAAUGAUUCCACACUUGAAAGUUGGGAGAAGCUCACCUAUUAAGAUUAGGAUGACUGAAAAUUGAGUGUCUUAUUAUGCUUAGACUGGAAAUGAAAUAUGGCCGUCUUUCUAUGAUUCAGGGGA